GAAAGAAAGACGCUCUUGAGAACUUUUGCGUGAGAUAAUGGCGUCGAUGGGUGCACCGUCGGGGGUUGGUUUUUGCGCCGGUAAGAGGCCGGUGUUGAAGACGAAGAGGAGUGGCGGCAACGUGAGGUGUGCCGCCACCAAGAAUCUGAUGGAACAGUACCGAACGCUGAAGAUCCAACCCGGGGCGUCGGAGCAGGAGGUGAAGAAGGCCUUCAGGCGCCUCGCUCUUCAGUACCAUCCAGACGUCUGCAAAGGUGGCAAUUCCAGUGUAGAGUUCCAUCAGAUUAAUGAAGCAUAUCAUAUGGUGAUGAACAGCUUUAGACGAUCCAAGGAGCAGGACUGGAGUGACGACGUCGGCGCCGAUGAGUUGACGACGGAAAUGUAUGACCCAAACCGGGAUUUGUGGGAGGAAUGGAUGGGGUGGGAAGGGGCGAGCACCACCGGAGACUACUCUUCCCACAUCAACCCUUACAUAUGAACAACCUCUCUCUCCCUCCUUUGAUUCUUGUGAUUUUACUCUUCGUUUGUAGAAAUCGUGUACAUAAUCUCUUCCCGACCUUUCAACUGCGUUGGAUGUCUCUGCACAUUAUGACUUGGA